GCCUCAGGUGGCAACGCCGUUGCAACUAUUUACAAUUGACAUUAGCUUUCAAUUGGAAGAUGCAAACAACACGCAAAUAUGGUGGUUAUCCGUGGCGACAAUCGAGCUACAAUUACGGCGACGGCAUUAUUGGACUUCACGAGGAAAUCGAGCACUUCUACAGAUACAUACUGCCCACACCAACGGAGCAUGCAGCGCGAAUCGAGCUGCUCAGCCGGGUUGAGCGAGUGAUUCAAGGCCUUUGGCCGGAGGCUUUGGUUGAGAUCUUUGGCUCGUUUCGCCUUGGCAUCAAUUUGCCCAACUCAGACAUAGAUCUGGUGGUGCUGGGUCGCUGGGAGCAUCUGCCGCUGCGCAGCCUCGAAUCGGAGCUACGCAGCAGCGGCAUCGUGUUGCCCGGAACACUGCAAGUGGUGGACACUGCUGCAGUGCCGAUCAUCAGGUUUACGGAUUGCGAAACACAUCUCAAAAUUGAUAUCUCGGUCAAUAUGCCAAAUGGCAUUGAAUCCUCGGAGCUGGUCAAAAAGUUUUUGCACGAGCAUCCGGUAUUGGGCAAACUGGUGCUGGUGCUCAAACAGUUUCUGGAGCAGCGCAAUUUGAUUAGCACUUUGAAUGGAGGCAUCUCCUCCUAUAACCUGAUUAUCAUGUGCAUUAACUUCCUGCAAAUGCAUCCGCGUCAACAUUACCCGGAGUCUACGAAUCUGGGCGUUCUUCUGCUCGAAUUCUUCGAGCUCUAUGGCCUGAGCUUUAAUUACGCUCAAAUUGGAAUUUCCAUAUGGCAAGGCUAUGUGCGCAAAGAGAACGUAUUAGUGGGCUCUAGGACUCCCUCGCUCUACAUUGACGAUCCACUGCUGCCGGGACGGCAGAACUCACGCAGCUUCAUUGCAACUUGUCACAUCAAACAGGUCUUCCAGUGGGCCUAUCGUGUGCUCAGCGAGGCAUUAUUUGCACAGGUUAGAGAAUGUGACUCGCAUCAUAGGGCUGGUUUCUCAAUAUUAGGUUCCAUUAUUCAUAUAACAGAUGAGCGGAUCGACUAUAGAGCCUGGUUGCGCAAAAAGUUUCACCACUUGGUUGUCUUGGAGCCAAAGGAAUAA